AUGCUCUCCCCUGCAUGCAGAUCUCACACAGAACUCUGCUGCUGCUCCUUGCAUUGGCGCAAGCUUCUGGCAGUGAAUCAGCAGGGGAUUGACCAGGACCUGCAGCAGGAGGGGCAAGCACAGGAGCCAAACCAGAGCCCCAAAAUGUGGUGCCUCCUCAUGUUGCUCUGCUCCCAGGGAAUUGCCUUUUCAGCAGGAUUCUCAGCAGGAUUCUCAGCAGCCUCCAGUGCAGGUGUUGACACAAGCCGCUGCAAGCGCCGCAACCCGGAAUGCUUCAUGAACGUUAGUGAAAUUAUCAGAUAUCACGGGUUCCCCAGUGAGGAAUACGAAGUUCCAACGGAGGAUGGAUACAUUCUUGGUGUUGUCAGAAUUCCUUCUGGAAGGAACAGCCCCAAUACAGGGAAGAAGCCUGCAGUCUUGCUACACCAUGUUUUUUUAUCAGAUUCUAUUCAGUGGAUUGCCAACCUGCCCAACAACAGCUUGGGCUUCAUCCUUGCAGAUGCUGGCUAUGAUGUCUGGUUGGGAAACAGCCGAGGAGACACCUGGUCUCUAAAACAUAAGACCCUUAAGCCCUGCCAGAAAGAGUUCUGGGAGUUCAGCUUCGAUGAGAUAGGUAAAUACGAUAUUCCAGCAGAGCUGAACUUCAUCCUGAAUAAAACUGGACAGAAGGAUGUUUACUAUAUUGGUCACUCUGAAGGGUCAGCUGCAGGCUUCAUAGCACUUUCUACUUAUCCUGAUAUGCCUCAGAAGAUUAAAGCAUUCUUUGCUUUGGCACCAGUAACCACCAUCACACAUUCUACCAGUCCUAUGAUAACAAUUGCACAGCUUCCCCAGCCACUGAUCAGGUUACUGCUUGGCUGCAAAGGAGCUCUUCAUUACAAUGAGCUGAUGAAAGGACCUGUAACACAGUUCUGUGCAUGUCAGGGGAAAGUUUGUGGCAGUAUGUUCUGCUACCUGGCCGGGGGCAGGAUACAAAAUAUGAACACGAGUCGAACAGAUUCAUACUGGGGACACUACCCGGCUGGAACAUCGGUACAGAACGUUAUUCACUGGCAGCAGAUAAAAUAUGCAGAACAAUUUCAAGCUUAUGACUACGGCUGUAAGGAAAACAUGAAGAAAUACAACCAGGUAAGGCAAUUCAUUUUUCUGAGAACUCAUCCUUGGAGUUUUGCAGCCUCUCCUACUGAUGCAGGGAUGUGUCCAACAACACGUCAGCACCAUUCCCAAAAGGCCAAGAGUCACAUCCAGGUCCUAGACUGGAUGAGUACAGAGCUCCUCCCCAGAAAUCCUCAAAACUGCUCCUCCUGCUUACAAGAUAGAGGAGAUAAAGGUGCCAACUGCUGUUUGGAGUGGUGGACAGGACAAAUUUGCAGAUCCAAAAGACAUAGCAAGGCUUCUUCCUCGGAUCACUAACCUCAUUUACCAUGAGCAUUUUCCUGCAUGGGGAC